CAUGGCGGCGGACUACCAACAAGGAGACAGCAGCUAGUAAAAAGCGGGUGGAAGUCUCUGACAGCGAGCUGUUAGCCGGACAGACAUUUAACCGCUGGCUUAAUAGUUUUCUCUCGCUGAUAUUUCGUAUGAAGCAGCUUCCGUCUUGUUUUCGCCACAGGGACAGAGGUGAUGGAAGACGAGGAGAGGCAAAAGAAGCUGGAGGCCGGCAAAGCAAAGCUGGCUGAGUACCGCCAGAGAAAAGCUCACGCCGACUCCCAGAAGAAACAGAAAAAGAAGAAGAAAAAGAAGACAGGGGAGGACUCGGAGGGGGAUACGCAGGGAAGGGUGGACGUCCAGCCGGAUCAAUCAGUGGGAGGAGAGGAGGUCUCAGGCGGAGGGCGAGAUGGGUUACAAGAAGGAAAUAAAGCCCCACCCACCACGGAGUUUACCUUCGCUAGAACACUGCGGAGCGGAGAGACUGUCAAGCACGACCAGACCUACACCAUAGAGCCGGAGAGUGAAGUGUCCACUACUGCUGAAGAUUAUUCCUCAGAGGUAAAUGGGUGCCAUGAUGUGAUGACAGAGAAUCUAAUGAUGUCUUCGAAGGAUUUUAUCUGGGAGGAGGUGGAGCCUCUGCAACAGGUGACAAAGCGAGGUACGAUGCAGGAUAUGGAGGAUGCACUCGCCGCCAAGACCCAGGCAGUGGAGAAGCUCAGUCGAGAGCUUGAUGAAAUCAGGGCUGCCUUUGGUACAGAAGGAGUGCAGCAGCUGCAGGACUUUGAAGCUGCCCUGAAGCAACGAGAUGGCAUCAUCACCCAGCUCACAGCCAACCUUCAGCAGGCUCGUGAAGAGAAAGACGAAAUCAUGAAAGAAUUCCUGGAGCUGACAGAACAAAGCCAAAAACUGCAUAUUCAGUUCCAGCAGCUGCAGGCAGGCGAGACACUGAGGAAUACCAGCCACAGCAGCACAGCAGCAGAUCUUCUGCAGGCCAGGCAGCAGCUCGUCCAGUACCAACAGCAGCUGGAGGAAAUGAACAUGGAGGUCAGAAAGCACCAGGAGAGGAGCAGCGAACAGCUGGAGCACAUCAGCCAGCUCCAGCACAAACUCAGCGAGAUCGAGAUGUCAGGAAGCACAUCAGAGGAGUCAUUUACACAAAGGAUAAGCAAAAAGGACCUGCUGAUUGCUGAACAAGAAAAAGUCAUUGUGAGUCAGGAGCAGUCGCUGACGGACUUAAGAACAGCAGAGCAGUCUUUAGCACAAACACUGAAAGAGAAAAGUGUGAUCAUUUCGGAGCAAACUUUAAUAAUCACAGAACAUGAGCGGUCAUUGAGCCUCCUCAGAGAGGAACUUGCUCAUGUGGGAAGGACUACAGAUGAGAAUAUCAUCCACCAUUCAGAUGACAAAGACCUGAUCAUAGCAGAGCAAGAGCGAGUCAUUUCAGAGCGGGACUGCUCUGUCACACAGCUCGAGGAUGAGCUUGAGUCCUCUGAAAAACGCCUGCGCGACCUCCAGCAGCGAAUGUCUGCAAGAGAAUCAGAGCUUGAAAGAUGCCUGGAUGAUUUGGAAAUCACUAAGUCUGACUUAGAAAGCUCUAAACGUCAAAUGGAAAGUUGUAAAUUAGAACUGGAGAAAGAGCGGGUAGAGUUAGAAAAUUGUAAGGGUGAACUCACAACCUCCAGGCAGAAAGAGCGAAUGUCCUCUAAUGAAAUCAUGCAGCUCAUGGGCACGGUGGAGGACCUGCAGAAACGCUGUCACCAGGGCAGCCUGUCUGAGAGUGAUACCAUCCAAAAAAUGCAGGAAGAGAGUGUAAGGAAGCUCGAACUUCUCAGAGCAGAGCUGGAUGAGAUGUACGGCCAGCAAAUUGUUCAGAUGAAGCAGGAGCUUAAUUUGCAAAAUGCAGCAAAAGUGGAGCAAAUGAUUGAGCAACAUAGUGCUGAGCUUGAGCUUCUAAAAGCACAACUGUCUCAAAGCUCCACUGCUGAAGUGGACCGUCUCAGUGCUAAGAUUAAGGAGCUUCAGGAGACAUUAGAGCAAUCCCAAGCAAUGCAGGAUAAAACCAUACAUGAGCUAAGCCAGGUCGGCCAGGAAAAGUUGAACCUGCAGGUUAGGGUUGAGGACCUUCUGCAAGAUCUUCGUUCUGCUAAAGAAAAAGUGGAGCUGGUCUCCCACAGUCUUAUCUCUCAGGAAAACCAACAAGAUGAACUGCAGCGCCUCCAGGAGACGAUUGACAAUCUGAAGAGCGAAUUGGCUGCUGCUCAAGAAGCUGCACAAGAGGCAGAAACAAAACACGAAUCAGAAGUAACCAAUUACAAGAUCAAGUUGGAGAUGCUAGAAAGGGAGAAAGAUGCUGUGCUGGACCGCAUGGCUGAGUCGCAGGAAGCAGAGCUGGAACGACUGAGGACUCAGCUUCUGUUUAGCCACGAGGAAGAGCUCACCCAUCUGCGGGAAGAAUUGCAGAGGGAGGGCUUCCUGAACACAGAAAACCUUCUCAAUGAAGCUGCCAUCAAACACGAGAGAGCGUUGGAUGAACUGCGCGUUAUUUACGAAGAAGAACUGCAUUUGUUACGAGGAGAAAAGGCGAGUUUUGCCACAGAGCGAGAUGAGCUUUUGCACCAGGUUCUUGGCCUGAAAGAAGAUCUAAACCUAGCUUUGCACAGCUCCAAAGCAGAUGAGCUUGUCCAGCAGCUACAAGAGCUUCAGGUGGAGCUUGAGGAACUUAGAAAGGGAAGAGAAGAACGAGCUAGAAUGGAAAACGAAAUUCAGGCAUUACUGAAGAAGACAGAAGUGCUUGAAAAACAUACAAAGGAGAAAGAACAGUGUUGGGAGAACCGAUGCCAAGAACAGGAAUUAGAAAAGAAGACGUUAAUAGAGUCUAAUAACACUUUGAAAGAAGAGUUAGACUCAAAAAUUAUGAAAAUUGAGACAGUCACAGCAGAGAAGAAUCAAAUACAGCAACAAGUAGAUGAGCUUAGAGAGGAAAUUGAAAAGCAGAGAACUACUUUCUCUUUUGCUGAGAAGAAUUUUGAUGUGAAUUAUCAGGAGCUGAAGGAGGAGUACAUGUGUCUCAUUGAGGCAAAGACACAGUUAGAAGAGAGGACACUAAAGGAGACACUUGAGUUUGAAGCAAAAAUUGCCAGCCUUCAGACACAGAUUCAAGAGCUGGAGGAGAGCAGCAGAGAUUUCAAAAUGGAGGACGCAGAUACAGAUAGCAAAGCUUUGCUAGAAAAAGAUACUACUGAGCUAAUGGAGAAACUUAAUGUUACUUUGAGUGAGAAGGACAGCCUGGCUGGGAGGCUUUCUGAAGUUACAGAGCAACUGAUGUUCACAGAGAGCAAAGUGGGACAGCUGGAAGAAGAGCUGGUGGAAGUGAAAAAAGAAAACACAAAGGUCAUCGCCCAAAAUGAAAGCCUAGGGAAAGAACUGGACAAGAAACAGCAGAUUAUGAGAGAGCAGACAAGGGGGCAGGAUGCCCAGAGAAAAGCUAAGCUCAAGAAAGAAGAGCAAGCUGUUGAGCCAGUUUGUUCUUUUGAGGAUCAUCACCCUCAGAUUCAAUCUCUGCAAGAGGAGAUAAAGGCUCUUCAGUCCCUCUUACGGGCAGCUGAAGCCGAGAGAGACGGCAUCCGGCAGACCCUGGAGCUCCAGAGGCUUUCACAGACUCCAUCUCCAGCAGCAGUCCAGUCCUCGGGGGAGGGACCUGUUGAAGGACGAUCCUCCCCGCAAAAGUCCACAGCCUCAGGGUCAAGCAGGCGCAAGAGACGGCAGAGGUCGAAGCAGGAGCGCAAACUGAGCACUCCUCUGACAGAAAGCAGAGAAGAAAGACAAAGGGAGGAGGAAGAGGAGGCAGUGGCAGAGGAAGAGAGAGCUACAAGUGCCGCAGAGCAGGAGAUGCAGCCUCAGAUGGAGAGCCAGGUUAUGUCAUGUUCACAGGAGAGGGCCAGCAAGGAGGACUCCACUGACGGGUACCAGGGAGACGGAGACCACACCAACACACGGGUGAGCAGACAUGGGAUGGGCGGCCACCACACAGAGCCUGUCGUGUGUCAUGGAGCAGAGGGAGAAGCAGAGACCACUGAGCAUGGUGAGUGCAAGCUGCAGAUGGAGGCCCAGCGCAUCAGCCUGUCUCAGAUCCACGCCGCCCAGCUCGAACUGCUGCAGGAGGAGACGGACUCCCGCACACACUCUCUGGAGAUGAAACUGCAAAAGCGGAAAGAUCACGGUGACCUGGAUGAGCCAAAAAUGUUCAAAUAUCAGAAUAUGUUACAAAUUGUGUCAGAGGAAUGCAGUGAGAUCAUUCAGUCUUUUCGAAAAAUGUUUGGUGAAGACUUUUUGGAGAGUGUUGAUGUGGGCGAGCUGCCUCCUUCAGAGGAAAGACCAGAAACUAGUGAAUCCAGCCCCAUUGUACUGGAGGCCAGAGAGCUGUACAGAGACCUUCAGCAGGUGAGGGAGAGGAUCGAGCAGGAACAUCAGCGACUGUCACAGCUCCAGACUUUGCUGAGAGCUGAUGGGAACAAGAUGACGGAAUUGCAGAUGGCGUACGAUGACCUGAAGAGCAGCAGUGAGAAGGAGAUCUCUGACCUGCGUGUGCAGGUUGCCACCUUAAGCCCCUCCUCAAGCAAAGAUCCAGAGGAGCAGGCUGGUGCACCAUCUCCCUCCAUAACCAAGGAGUUACAGAGGCUGAAGGUUGAGGCUCAGGAGAAGCAGCUGCAGCUGGAGGAGAGUCACAGACAAGAGAUGGAGCAUCUCAGAGCUCACUACCAGCAGCAGGCCACAGAGACAGAGGAGCGUUACGCCACUGAGCUCUUCAUGCUGCAGCAGCGACUGCAGGAGGUCACAAGCUCUGAGACGCACUACAGCCUGUCCACAGUUCCAGAGUCCAGCUCUGAGAGGACGGAGGAGCACAGCGAGGAACUAAAGGACCUGGGUGAAGAGGAAUUGUCAGAGGGAGGUGUGGAGUUGCGUUGGGCUGCCAGGUCUGCAGGCCUGACGGCACAGCUGCAGGCACUGAGGAAAGCGCUCUAUCACAAGUAUCUCCAAGAAGUCGCUGCACUCAAAGAACAGCACAGCAGCGAGCUGAGGAGACUGAGAGAAGAAAAGGGUCAGGAAGGGAGCGGAGAGAAAGAGCAGGAUCGCAACGGUAUAAUCGGCGCUGGAAGCUCCACUGAAAGCCUCGGGGCUGCCGGGCAGGUCGUGUUGGAAGAGAAACAACACUGGGAGAGAGUAGAGGAGGAAGUUGCCAAAGCCAUUGUUCAGAUGUCAGUGGAGUUUGCACAGCAGACUGAGCUGGCUCGAAUCAGCAAGCGUGCCUGCCAGGCGAGCACCUGCAUGCAGACCCAGCUAGAUGAAGAGGAGGUGGAGGAGAGGGAGAAUGAGGAGCGGACUUCCAGAGCUUCUCUCAGCCCAGGAGCCUGGCUGGAGGAGGUGGAGAGGGAGAGGCUGGAAAGGGAGCUGGAAGAGAGGAACGCAGAGAUCCGAAAGCUAAAGGAGGAGCUUCAGAAAACGGAAACAGCACCUGAGCAGGCCAUUAAGAAGAGAGAAGAUGAUCAGGAGGAAGAAGAAGAUCCAGGCGGGCCGGGAAUAAAGCAGGCUUAUGAACACAAAUCGUCUUCAUCGCAGGAUGAUGCAGAGUCGUCUGAUAAGGACACUGAAAGAAACCUGUUGCAUAAGGCCAACGAGAAGCUUAGUCAGGUGCUGGUUGAUGUCCUGAAGACAACAGCAGCAGCAGAAGAAACUAUUGGCCUCCACAUGCAAAGUCUGCGUGAUGCUUCCGGUGCAGGGCAGCAGGCUGCACCGCCCCACUCCACUUCACAGAGAGCAACCUGCCAGAGAGUUAACACACAGCCCGUCAGACCUUAUACUGCAGGUCACAGUGCAGAAAGUUGGCAUAGCAGUGAUACCAGCGCAGACGAUAUGAGUCUGUGGUCUGGGGAGACGGAGACUCACGAGAGUAUGGAGGUGUCCCAGCAGAUGAUGGACAGUCUGCUACUGGGCGCGGGGACACAGUUAGAGAACGAGGAAUAUCUAAUGGGCAUCAGCAGCCGACUCCAAACGGCUCUGGAGAAGAUGUUGAUGACCAUCACCGACACCACCAACCAGCUUGAACAUGCCCGGAUGACCCAGACUGAGCUGAUGCGGGAGUCCUUCCGCCACAACCAGGAGAUGAGUGAGCUGCUGCAGAAGCAGGAGGAGCUGCAGGAGAGAGUGUCCGAGGAGGCCCGGGCACGGGAGCAGCUGGCUCUGGAGCUUCACCGUGCUGAGGGUCUGAUCGAUGGCUACACAGGUGAACGGGCUGCAUUGGAGGAGCAGUUGCGACAGAAGGAAGAGCUCCAGCUGAGCCUCGAGCAAGAGCUGCAGGUUACAAGUAGCCGGCUGCACGAGUUGGAGCAGGAGAGGCUUCAGAUGCAGGAGGAGCGGGAGUUGCUGUCACGGCAACAGGACGCUAUGAGGGAGCACGCCGGGCCCCGUGAGCUUCGCCUAGUUGAAGCUGCAAUGGUUGCAGCACCUGAAGCAGACCUGCUGGAGGAGACGGAGAAGCUGAUGAAAGAGAAGGUGGAGGUCCAGCGGCAGGCAGAGAAGGAGAACUCUGACCUCCUGAAGCAGGUGAAGCUGCUGGAAGCAGAGCUGGAGGAACAGGUCAACAGGGUGAUCGAGCUGGAGCACGCUCAGAGGACGGAGAGCGGAGACCUGCAACAACAGAUCCAAGCUCUGGAGAAACAGCUGGAGAAGAACAGGAAGUUCCUUGAUGAACAAGCUGUGGACCGAGAACAUGAAAGGGACUUCUUCCAGCAGGAGAUCCAGAAACUGGAGCAGCAGCUGAAGAAUCCGCAGAAGCUUCAGACCGGCUCUGAGCAAAGAAACCAAGAGGUGGAACAGCUGACCUCCCAGCUGAAGGAGAAGGCAGAUUGGUGCAGUGAGCUGCUGCUCAGCUCAGAGCAGCUGCGUCGUGAGUUGGGAGAGCGCGACGAAGAGAUUGACAAGCUGGAGAGCCGCAUCCGUGAGCUGGAGCAGGCCCUGCUGGCCAGCGCUGAGUCCCUGGAGAAGGUUGAACAAAAGAAGCAGCAUGCAUCCAUCACCGAGACCAGACAAUCCACACUGGAGGCUCAGUUGCAGACAGAGAGAGAAGCUCUGGAGCGGAAAGAGAAGGAGAUCGGUAACCUGGAGGAGCAGCUGGAGCAGUUCAGAGAGGAGCUGGAGAACAAGAGCGAGGAGGUGCAGCAGCUUCACAUGCAGCUGGAGAUCCAGAGGAAGGAGAUCAGCAGCCAGCAGCAGUACCUAGAAACAAGGGACAGCAUGCUCCAGGUGAUGGAGGAGAAGGACAGGGAAAUAGCACUUCUUAAUGAACAGAUCACUAAGCUUCAACACAUGGAAACAGCUUCCGAUAACAAGGAAAUUGAUGAGAGGGAUGAGCUGAUAAAAGACCUGGAGUCCCAGGUAGAGUGCCUCAGGAGUGAACAAGAGCGCUUGAAGAGGAAUAAUGAGGAGGAGUUUGACCAACUGAAUGCAGUCAUAGACAAACUUCAGCAGGAACUGGCCAAUAUCGAGCAAAAACAGGUCGCAGAGGAAGAUGAGGAUGACAAGGGUGAGGCGGAGAGCGGUGAAUGGGGGCCAAGUAAAGAGGAGUACGAUGAAAUGAAGCAGAGGAUGGACCUUGCCACCAAAGAGCUCGAUACACUGAAAACGGAGCACAGUAAACUGUUGGAGACAUAUCUGCGCUUGAAAGAGAGCGCCGAAGCUUUAGCUGAAACAGAGAAAAUGGAUGGUUCAGAGGGAGAUCUUGAAGAAGCUCUCAGAGAGAAAACUGCAGGACUCGUAGUCAUGCAGGCCCAAGUACAAGCUCUAGAGCAGAGCGCAACAAACAGGGUGGAGGAGUUAGGGGUCCGUAUCCAGGAGCUUGAAGACUUGGUCGCUGAAAGAGACAGUGAGUUAAGUCGCUGUCGCCUCCUUGUGGAGCAAACGCAAAGCUAUGUAGAUGGUCUCCAAAAGAAGGUCUCCAGUCUGGAGGAAAAUCUGAGGGAGAAAGUGGCUGAAGCGCUGGUGAGCCAAGCCACCCUGGAGGCCUUCCAGCAGCAGCAGCAGCAGCAGCAGCAGCAGCAGCAGCAGCAGCAGCAGCAGUCACAAGGAACCAAAGAAAGCCAGGACCUGCAGAGAGAUGCAGAGCCACAUGUGCACGGCUUUGGCGACUUUGGUAUUCCCCAAAUGGACUUCAGUGGACUGGGUCAAGCAGGACACGUUCCCACUGGAAAGGUUGUCCACCUGACCCAGAGGCUUCGGGAGCUGGAGGCGGGACUCAGUGGGAUGCAGAAAGACCAGGAGCUUCAGAAGCAGCUGCUCUCCAGCUCUGAGGAGGAGGUGCUGGAGUACGAGAGGAGGUUGGCUGUGCUCAUGGACCUGCUCAGUCAAAUGAAGGCCAGGAGUCACCAGAGGACUUCACCAGCUGUGGAGGCCUCCUCUGCUGAUUACCAGCCGUCUGUGUCGGAGCUGCUUCAGGAGUUGCAGGAGGUUAAAGAUGAGACCUCGGCCACCAAAGAGCAGCUUGACAGCUUCAAGGAGAGCAGCAGCAGACUCCAGGAGGAGCUGCAAGAAAAAACGGCAACAAUAGAGAGACUACAGGAGCAACUUCAAAAGGUAUCAUCUAGUGGCAGUGAGGAGGUCAAGCUGUCUGAGCUUCAACAGGAACUCAUGGAGGCUCAAGAUGAAGCUGCAGCCACCAAAGAGGAGCUGAACAGCAGCAGGGAGAGCCUGGAGAAGCUACAGGAGCUGCUGCAGGAACGGGAAAUGACCAUUGCCCACCUUAAAGGAGAACUUUUUCAAGUAAAAUCUGAUGAAGAACGAGCCGACAGGACAGAGCUUCUCCAGGAGCUCCAGGAGGUCAAAAAGGAUGCGGAGUCCACCAAAGAAGAACUCAACAGCUACAGGCAGCAUAAUGAGAAACUGCAGGAGGAGCUCCAAGUCCGUGAAGUCUCCAUUUCUGAACUCAAAGAGGAACUCCAGGAAUUGAGAAAGAACGUGGAUACCACCAAAGAAGAGCUCAACAGCCACAGGCAGCACAAUGAGAAACUCCAGGACGCACUGCACGUCCGCGAACUGUCCAUUUCCAAGCUCAAAGACGAGCUGCAGGAGGUACAAACAGCUUUGAUGAAGGCAGCAGACUCUGGUCCUCCAUCUCCAUCUCCUUCUCCCUCUCCUUCUCCGUCUCCUCAGCCUCAGUCCUCCGCCACCGCCCAGCCCAAGAAAAAGGGAGCCAAACAGCCGGCUGGUAAGGGAAGCAGUGCCAAAGAUAAACCAUCUCUGUCCAGGAAAAACUCCGCUGCUUCCAGCCAGUCCACCAACAAAUCUCGCAGCUCGCGGCUGAACAGCAGCUCCGAACAGCAACACAUGGCUGUAACAGACUCGUUCACGCAGACCGAACCUUUCCAAAUGUCUGAUCUCAGUCCGGAAAGCAAGUCUGCCACCAAAGAGGAGAUGGAGGAGGUGAUCGGAGAGUUUCAGGAGAAGAUCGUGCAGAUGCAGGAACUCCACGCCGCAGAAAUCCUGGAUAUGGAGGCUCGGCAUAUUUCGGAGAGCGAGAACCUGCGGAGGGACACACAUGCCGUGGAGGACGAGUGUAAAGCCCUCAAAGCUGUCAUUGACAAGCUGCGCUCUACUGAGGCCGCUGCAUCAAGACAAGACCGUCCUACGCCACAGUUCAAAGAUGGAUACACCAGUGACAGCAGCUCCGACUACAGCCAGCGGACUGGAUAUGACCUCCCGAGCUUGCAGCAGGAGUUCAGGACGACUCCAGAGGGCGCCAGGAGAGAAACUGAUGAUCCACUGCCUGACCGGAUCAAGAUGUUGCUCCGUGAGGUGCACCAGGAGGGCAUGCAGGUGCUUUCUCUGUCAGAGCUUCCCCUCUCUGAAGGCGAGUCGGGCGGCCAGUUCAACAUCCAAGGCUGGGUGAAGGAAAGAGAUGCUUUGCUCGCAACCGUGGAGUCUCUCAAAGGCCUCAUCACUCAGAUGCAGACACACAGAGAAACACAGACGUCUGGGAGUGCGGACUGGCGUGCGGCGCUCCUGGAUGCAGUAAGGCAGGUGUUUCUGAGGGAACGAAGUGUGCUGAAGAACGCCCUCUACAGCCAGCUGGAUCUACUGGACACCAGUGACGCCAUCAUUUACCUCAAUCAGCUGGAGCGCAGACUGGCUGAACAGGACGCCCACCACAGAGAAGCGAUGGGUUCACUCCUCACUGCAGAGAGAUCCAGUCUCAUCUCUGAGAUUCAUCAGCUCCGAGGUCAACUAGAGCAACUCCAUCAAGGCGUCCAGCCUGCAGUGUCUAUGGCUGCUGAAUGCAGUGUGAAGGAGCAGAGGGAGGGAGGAGGCGCAGAUGGAGCGGCGGAGGCUGACAGGCUGCUGGUGGAGGAGCUGAAGGGUGAACUGUCCCAGACUAAACUAGAGCUGGAGACGACGCUUAAGACUCAGCACAAACACCUGAAAGAGCUGGACACUCUGAGGGCAGAGGUAUCGAAGAAGGCUGCAGAGGUGGAUGCAUUCAAUGACCAGCUGACAGAGGAGAGGAAGAGAAACAGAGAUCUUCAGUGGGCCAUGGAGAAGGAGAAAUGUCGAACUGGGAGAACUGAGGAGAGUAAGCAAGAAGAGCUGGAGGACCUCCACCUCAGUCUGGAGGAGCAGAAGAGCCGUGUGGCCCAGCUGACCGUGAGCUUGGACCAGGAGCGCCAGGCCUUGUUCCAGCUCUCCCAGCAGGCUGAGCAGGAGCGUCUGAGUCUCCACAGACGACUCCAGGAGCUCCAGGUCCAGCUGGAAACAGAGCGAGCCAAGGCCCAGGAGAUGAGCACCGCGCUGGGGAGAGAGAGGGAGCUACGGACGGGCGUCUCUUCUGGCAGUGAGGAGCCAGUUGAGGACAGGAAGAGGCUGGAAGAGGAAGGGAGUGUGCUGCGAAGACUGCAGAGGGAGCUGGAUGACAAGCAUGCUCAGGUGGUGCAUCUCCUCAGCCAGGUGGAGGCCGAGAAGCUUGAGGUGGUGCGAAAAGAGGAGGAGAUGACUUUGGCAAGUCAGAGGUCGAGAAGGGACCAGGAGAUGCUGCUGGAGGCUCGGGCUCAGCUGGAGAGCCUGGAAGCACGAAUGUCAGCGACCCAGGAGCAGCUGGAGAGAGAGGUGGAGAGGAGGAAAAGCCUGGAGGAAGAGAAGGAGAGACUGGAGGAGAGGUUAACCCGAGCAGGACAAAGGGAAGGGAGCGGACCUCAGCAGGCUGACAGCCACAGUCAGGCGGCAUGGCACAGUGAGUCCACCGACCGCAUCAAAGACUGGGUGUUCCAGCAGAAGACUGGAAAUGUUCUGUCUGCCAGCUCCAGUCCGUCCCCCCACCAGGAGGUCUCUCCAGCAGGUCACACCGGUGGACCACAUCAUGGUCCUUGGCGCACAGUCGACAAGAUCGUGGGCAAACUCCACCUCAUUUCCUCGAAGAUCCGCAGCAUGGCGAACAAAACUACUGGCAGGCUGACUGCAGAGGUCGACAGUGAAGAGCUGGCCUGGGUGCAGUCCAGUGUCGAUGAAGUCAUCACUAUGCUGCAGCAGUCCCCAGGUCUACCCUCCGUCCCCGAGAGCGUGUCCCCGCUGGCAGGAGGCUCCUCCAGCUCCUCCAACUCCCUGACGGAGCGGCUGCUGAGGCAGAACGCCGAGCUGACAGGGUUUGUCAGUCGUCUGACCGAAGAGAAGAACGAUCUGAGGAACCACACGCUCCGUUUGGAAGAAGAGCUCCGACGUUACAGGCAGGCUGGAUUGGGAUCAGGAGACAGCUCCGGCAGCCGGAGAGGAGUGUCAAAAAUGGACCCAGCAAGUAUGCUGCUUUCCCAGGAGCGGGAAGCUUGGACUAGAGAGAAGGUCCGUCUGGAGAAAGCUCUACAUCUGUCUCAGUCCCAGGUGGCCCGACUCAGGGGAGAGAUCAGGACUGACACUCUGCGAGAGAUAACUGGACCUGAGGCCGACAAUGCUGCACUGAAGAGGAUGUAUGGGAAGUACCUGAGGUCAGAAAGCUUCCGCAAAGCACUGAUCUACCAGAAGAAAUAUCUGCUGUUACUGCUGGGAGGUUUCCAGGAGUGUGAGGAAGCCACACUAUCGCUGCUCUCCAGGAUGGGCAGCCGACCGUCAGUCUCCAGCCUGGAGUCCCUCAGCCAGCGCCGCCGGGGACUGAUGCGCUUCCGAUCUGCCGUCCGAGUCUCUAUCGCCCUCUCCAGAAUGCGUUUCCUAGUGAAGCGAUGGCACAAGGCGACAGGGAUGAGCUCCACAGCCUCCUGUGGUGUCAACAAGAAUGGAACAGGACAGACAUUAGGUACAGAGGCAAGAGAUUCACCAUAUCUUCACCCGGGCAGCGUGGAGAUGUACCGAGAGAGAGGCAGCGGAGGAGGAGUCAUCUCCAGCAGCAGAGGGAGAAGUGGACGAGAAUCCCCCCGAUCAGCCAUCUCCUCCACUCACCACAGGUUUCACAUGGCCGGAGACCACGGAGCUCUCACCUGUUCCCACCUGCAGAGCUACGACCCCGACCGAGCACUCACUGACUACAUCUCCAGACUGGAGGCCCUGCAGAGGAGGCUGGGGAAUGUUACAUCAGGUGCUUCUUCAUAUGCUCAAUUGCACUUUGGCUUGAGAAGAUAGAUGCUGACAAGUUACUUUGGCUUGAAGAAACUCAGUUGCCUUUUCUCGUGCUGAGCGCUCUGCUGUUUUCUAUCAUUCUGGUGUGGACUGUAUCUUUCCAUGUGGACCAAAACACAUUUUUUUAUUAGUGUACGACAUGUAUUCAGGCUUUUUUGUCGCCAGCACUUGAAAAACAGCUAUGUUUGUAAUUUAAUCUGCCUCUUUGUUGUGGAUGAACUACAAUCAUGUAUAUUUGUCUAAUGCUAAUUUAAGACCUUGUGAUUAAUUUAUAUGUUUGUGUUGUAUGGGUGGAGCGUUAUGUAGAGAAUGUUUGGAUUUACUGUUAAGGAGGCUGCUACUGGAUAUCCUACACUACACUGUGUUUUGUUUAGACCGGACAGACUACAGAGGACAUUUGUAGAGAACGUAUUUUUGUAAAGCGUAGGAGCUUUGAAUUUUCUGGGUAUUUUGUCAAAAACUGAAAUAAAGAGGACUACAUUAUUUGAAA